AUGCUGCAACUCCUAUCGCUCAUCUUCCUCUCCAUGUUGGAGGAUGAACAUUUGGUGCCCGAGCUGGAGAAAGCUACGGUGCGGAUCCGGCAGCCCGAGCGUGUGCGGGGGAUCAUCCGGUCUCUGCGGGAGCAAGGGGUGACCAAACUGCAGGUCAUUUCUGACUUUGACAUGACCCUGAGCAGGUUUGGUUGCAAUGGCAGGCGCUGCCCCACGUCUCACAAUAUUCUUGAUAACAGCCAUGUUAUCAGCGAGGAUGGCAAGAAGAAGCUGAAGGAUCUGCUCCACUAUUACUAUCCCAUUGAAAUAGAUCCCAACCGGACCCUGGAAGAGAAACGUCCCCUCAUGGUGGAGUGGUGGACCAAGGCUCAUGAGCUGCUGGUGCAGCAGAAGAUCCACAAAGAUGACAUAGCCCAGAUCGUCAGAGAGUCAGAAGCGAUGCUCAGGGAUGGCUUCAAGGAGUUCUUUGAUCAGCUGCACAAGAACAACGUCCCCCUGUUCAUCUUCUCCGCUGGGGUUGGUGAUAUCCUGGAGGAGAUUAUCCGCCAGGCCAACGUCUUCUACUCCAAUGUCAGUGUGGUGUCCAACUACAUGGACUUCAAUGAUGAUGGAGUCCUCACACACUUCAAGGGCCCCCUCAUCCACACCUACAACAAGAACAACAGCGUGCUGCAGGGCACAGGGUACUUCCAGCAGCUGAGCACAAGGACAAGCAUCAUCCUGCUGGGGGACUCCAUAGGUGACCUGACGAUGGCAGACGGUGUUCCCAGCGUGGAGAACAUCCUCAAGAUUGGCUUUCUCAAUGACAAGGUGGAAGAGCGGAGGGGGAAGUACCUGGAUUCCUAUGACAUUGUGCUGGAGAGCGACGAGACGCUGGACGUGGUGAACGGGAUCCUGCGGUACAUCCUGACUGAGACAUGAGCUGGGGACGUGCUGUCCCAGCUCUGGCACGCAGCAGGCACUGGGCAGGGAGUGUCCUUCCUGGGACAGAGCUGGAGGGGAUCUGCUGGUACUGGCUGGGCUCCAUCCCGACCUCACUAAUGCCCUCAGCCAGCCCUGGAGCAGGAGAGGUGAGAUGGAGGAAGUUUCUUCUUUCCCUUUUCCCCAACUCUGCCUGGCUCUGCAGUUUCCCACCCAGAGUGACUCUAUCCUGCUCAGACUUCAUCCCACUGGGAAUUCACUCUUGCCACCUCCUGAGACCAUGACAAACCAUUCCAUGUUUCAGACAGAAAUGUUCUGCACUUGCUCCAGCAGCUGAGGGUGGAAUGGAGAUAGUUUAUUGUGGGCUGAGGACAGACCUGGCUUAGAUGUGUCACUGUGUUCCUGGCUAAGAAAACAAGUCUCUCUCUCGUCCUGUGUCCUGUGGGCUUCAAAGCUCCUGGGCUGACUCUGGUGCCAGUGCAGCAGCUGGGCUGGUGUGGCCCUGCUGGCCAUCACAUCACCUGGCCCCACAUUCCCCAUGUAAACCAGGAGCUCUCUGGCUUUGUGUCGCAGCUCACCCGUCCCUCUUGCACCAGUACAGCUCUUACUGUGGGAAAAAAACCUUUUUCCAGCCGUCCCUGAAGGCCCCAGAGCUCAGCUGCUGCUGCUGCCCAAAGCCAGAAGUAAAUUUGUCUGUCAGGGAUCAGAGGAAGAGGGGUGGGGGAGGAGAGGCCAGUGGCAGAAUUUUGAGUUUUAAGCAAUGUUUUACCUGACCAUGUUUGUGUACUAAAUUUCUGGGCUGAUCCUGGUCUCUCAGACUAGAAAUAGGAAAAGACCAUUUUAUUGUUGUAUAACCUCUGGUUAUGUGGGACUUUGGGAAGAGCAGAUUUGUUCUCUGCUUUGGAAUAAAAACAUAAUUGGCUAAA